AUGUCUGGUGCAGAGUCUCGACGACAAGGACGAUUUCACGGGCAGGAACGGGACCAAGCUGUUCGCAAGUUGCUCGAGGCGACCGAGGACUCUUAUUUUUCCUCGUGUCUCUCAGCUCCUGUCUCUUUUAAAAUUCUUGGACGACAGCUGAUCUUUGGUUUGGGCUCACCCCUGCAACUGGACCGCGAGAGCGUGAUCGUCGGUCUCUUUUCGAAGAUUGUGUACGAGAUGCCUUCCAACGCGUCAGACUUCACCAUUCCAGGAGUCUAUUACUCUCGAACGCAGAAGAGCAGGUGGAGCAUUUACAAGGUGCUGGAAAAGGUGGCUGAUCUAUACGGAUUCGGCGGCAAAGCGUGUCUAUUGAGGGCCAUUUGUGAAGCUGCGUCUGCUCCUUUCGACGGGACUCAUGGUUUACUGGGACAGCUGUUGCACGUGUUCUUCAAGCCUUCUAGCACCGACGAGCGGUACGACGAGUACGGGGAUCGGGAGUACCGAGCGGCCGAACGUUUGGGCGAGCAGAUGUCGACGGAAAACUGCCACGCCCUUUAUCCCGAAUGCCGCAGAAGUGUGCUCGACGUAUUUUCCACGGUGAUCACGUGAACUCUCUACACCGCUGGAUCCCUGUGAAGAAGCCGCACGUGGACAGGGGUGCGAUGGAAAUUGCGCUCGUUAACCGAGUUUCAAUGAAUCCUCGUUCGUACGAUUUUGUUUCCUUUCUCGAGAUCAGUUCCGAGGAAAUUUGUAACCCUCCGCGGAAGGAAUUAAUGGCUAUUUAUUAUAGUAAAUUGGAAUUGCGAACUCGGCUUAAGCUGUUGCAUUUUCUUUUCAGCAGAAAGGGUUAAUUCACUACGAAACGAGGCUAAUAAAAUAUUUACUCUUGUACAUAGUUUUUAUCAGAGUAUUGCAAAUUACCCUCCCAGAAGCCGCA